AUGAGAAAAGGUGAAUUCAGUCACGGAAAAGAGGCCUCGAUGGAUGUUCAACCAGAUUUGAAGUAUGUGUACGGUUGGAACCAUUACACCAUGAGGUUCAUGGGAAUCUGGCCAGAGGAAAGAAAAUGGAACCAACCAUCGAGUUACCUAGCUCUAAUACCAGUUCUCAUGAUGUUUCUCUUCGUUUGUGUCCCACAAACGAUCAAUCUUUCAUUCAUCUGGGGUGAUUUUAAUUUAGUGGUAGAGAAUCUAUCCAUGGGUAACAUAACAAUCACUAUUUCCCUUCUGAAGACCAUCGCUUUUUGGAUCAACGGCAAACCACUGAAAUCUCUGCUGAAAUGCAUGGCCGACGAUUGGAGCACAGUAUCGAAAAAAGAUGAUCUAGACACCAUGAGUAACAUCGCAAGGAUCACCAGAAAGACUAUAAUAAGCAGCACAGUGUUAUGUCACAUUGUGGUCAUCACUUAUAUAUUUCUACGAUUCCUCACCAGGAAGUACAGCGGCACCAGACUACUCUUCCGUGCUUAUUUCCCUUACGACAGCGAUGUCAGUCCAAAUUACGAAUUUACAGUGAUUGCUCAAAUCAUAGCUGCUUUUUAUGCAGCCACCACAUACACAGCCGUCGAUACUUUCAUUGUAAUGUUAAUUCUGCACGUUUGUGGACAACUUUCGAAUUUGAGAAACGAAUUCGGUAAGCUUCAAGCAUGCGAUAAAGUAACAUUACAGGCGAAGUUGGGGAAAAUCGUGCAGAAACACGAAUAUCUUAACAGGUUCGCAGAAACGAUAGAGCGUUGUUUCAAUAUGAUGCUUCUGAUUCAGAUGCUCGGUUGUACCGUUCAGCUAUGCUUCCAGUGUUUCCAAGCAGUCAUGUCAAUUGACGAGGAAAUAGAUGAAAACAUGAUUUUCCAAAUUCUCUUUUUGCUGUUCUACGUGGUUUACGUGAUGCUACAAUUAUUCUUGUAUUGUUACGUGGGUGAAAGGCUUUCCGUUGAGAGCGUUGAAAUAGCUAACGCGGCAUACGAUUCUGAAUGGUACAAUUUGUCUCCGAAAAAUGCAAAGUUGCUACUAAUUAUCAUGCGACGAGCCAGGUUACCUCUACAAAUCACUGCAGGUAGAUUUGCUACUUUCACUCUGAUGCUGUAUUCACAGAUUUUAAAAACCUCGGUGGGAAAAGGUUAUGUUUCUGUUCUAUACGCAAUGAAAUAUAAAGAGACGACUCUGUGA